UGCGUGGGCCGGUCUGCUCACAGACAGUCGUUUUGGGGAAGAGAUUACUGUAAAAGCUAAGAUCAUCUUCGCUCACGCCGCCAUGUGACUGUCAGUAACAGACCAGCAGACUCGGUCCUGUUCCUGAGCUGCCACUCAGACCUGGUCUCACCCUGCAUGGCACCGCGCUAGCACCGUUUUUCUCUCGGUUUCGCGUCAAAGAUCCGUCCAAGAUGUUCUGGUUCAUGCAAGGUCUGUGCUUUCUGCCAGCGUUUUUGGUCAUCUGGUCCUCCGGCACUUUCAUCAUUUCCUACAUUAUUGCGCUCUUCAGACACGAUGUGGACGUAAUCUUUCCCUACAUAAGUGACACCGGUGCAAACCCCCCAGAGAGCUGCAUCUUCGGCCUGAUGACAUUCAUUUCUGCGUGCGCAGGAAUCGCCACCAUAUAUGCCAGGUACAAGUUUGUGGAGAAGCUGCACGAGGGCACAAGAGUGGUGGGCCCGAGUCUCAAUAAGGCCGCCCUUCUGGUUGGGAUGGUGUCCUGUUUGGGCAUGUGUAUUGUUGCAACCUUCCAGGAAACAGCGGUUACGGUUGCACAUGAUGUGGGAGCUCUGCUGUUCUUUGUCUCCGGUGUCGUUUACACAAUCCUCCAGUCCAUUAUAUCAUAUAGUGCCUAUCCAUUUGGGUCCUCCAUGAGUGUGUGUCGAGCACGCUUGGGGAUCACCAUCAUUGCAACUUUGGCCUUUUUCCCCACUGUCAUCUGUGCAUUCUUUGUGAAACAAACCACACUGCACAGAGACACAGGCGACAGGGACUAUCCCUUCCACUUAGCCAGUGCUGUGUGCGAGUGGACCGUUGCCUUCAGCUUCAUCUGCUUCUUCCUCACAUACAUCAACGAUUUCAAACUGUUUACCUUACGAGUGCAAACAGAGUACGAGGACUUGUCUUGAUCGAUCUCCAACUGCCGGCGAACCUUUCUAUGAAUAUCAGUAUUUUGAAAUUUAAAUGCGUGCUGCCUUUAUUUUUUAUAGAUUUCAUAGAUUUUAUAUACAUUUGCAUUUUACACUGCAAGGCUUUUAAACGAUUUUGUGUUUUCUAUGACUUGACUGAAUUUAUGGAUAGAAUCCAGUACAUUGUUAUUUAUAAGAGCUGGUUGUCUGUCAGCUGUGAUGUUUGAGAGGAAAAAGUUGACCGUGACCUGUGUCUUUAUACUUACUUUACAAUCUCAGACCAUUUUAUAAGUGUACUUACUGCCAUGGUGUUCGGUCAAACGUCACUUUGCACUUUGCUCUUGACUGUUGCCACAUCAGUGUGACACGUCCUGUUAAACCUGUGACUACUAAUAAGAGAAGUUCAUCUCACAGUGAGCACAUGAUCGCUGCACAUGUGGUUCAAUGAGAAUACCACUCAAACCAAUACCAAGUUUGUCUGUUGGUACACGGCAGCACUUAUCUCUGAUACUGUAUGUAGUUGCUCAUUUUAUGCUGAAAAAUGACUGCAAAUGGCAUUAUUACUCAAUCCUUAUUGGAAGUUUUUAUUUUCAGCUUUUUCCAAUUGUGUUUUCUUUGGAUCUUUACUAUUGUGAGCACAAAGUAGGGUGGAAACACUCUAUGGAUCCUCCAGGUCAGAGUUCUGGUGUCUUUGGAGUUGCUGCACACAGCUACUGCUAAGUGGUUUCAGCUGAUACUGCGAUGUGGUUUAACAGUGCAGCUAUGGAUUCGAUUUUGCAUGUCUGCAGCCUGUAGACAGUUAAUGCAAUGGGAAUUACACUUGUUCUUUGCCUUAGAGCAGUGGUUGGCUUGUGACCCCUCGUCACAGGUUAGCGUGGACAAAUUGUUUAAUUAAUGGGAUUUUCCGGGGCCUUAAGAGGCUACAGUUACAUCAUUUAACAUGUAAAAUGUAAUCAUGUGAGAAAAAGCGCCCCAGGUUGGGAGUCACUGCUUUAUACUGUAGCCAUUAUUUUGCAAUUGUAUAAGUAACAUCAUGGUGGAAACUAGAAAAACCAAGUGCACAAGCAGAGAAGCUGUGAAGCCCUCUGAGACAAUGAAACUGCCUCAACACCUGGAAAAAUAAAUAAAUACGCUUAUUUAACUACCUUCAACAUAUUCCUCUCACAGGCUGAGAAAAGGGGGUCGGACUUUUGUGUCAUAGCGUUGGUGUCACCCAAAUUUAAGAUUACUAGUUCAUCAGCUUAUGUAUUUCAGUGGCCGGUACUUUCGAGGCAUUCCUUUUUUGAUCCUGUCUCUAACUGGUGAUUAGCAGAAACUCCAAAGAGAAAAUCCUGUGCUGUAAUGUGUAAGUGGACAGAAUGGAGGUCACAUGAACACAAACUAUUCACCUGUUCACUACAGAGACUGUAUUUUCAUGGGAAAGUAUUUUUUUUUAUCAAAUUACUUUGUAUUGGUACUGUUUUGCUUAUAACAUACUAGACUGUACAGAUUAUGAUGACUUGCAAAAUAAAGACACAUUUUUUUUUAACAAAACAG